UUCGUUACAAGUUGUCCCGGAGUCCUACUAGUCAAGUUCCACAUCAAACUUUGGACAUGGACGCUCUCCGACGAAGGAACCCAUUCAAAUACUCAUCUGAACCCUCUGAAUCCCAUGACACAUACAUACUGGAUGAACAAGAACAAAGCGAACUUAUUGACAACAUCAAGAGUCUGAAUGCAGCAUCGAAUAACCAGAACCGCAUUGCGUUACAGAUUACGCUCGCGCUGUCUUUUUUACUGCAUAUAAUCUAUAUCUCCUCUGACUACAACAGUCCAUUAGUCGUUAUCUUUCCACCAGCUGGUAGACCGGAGUCACCACUCUAUCUAAGUCCUGUCUUGACACUCCUCGCGAUCAUCCUCCAUGCAAACGCUGCUCUGCUCGCUCGCUCCCGGGAUUUGGUUCUUGCUAAACGGCGAAUAACGCCUCUUCCUUAUAGCGUCGCGUUUGGGCUAUCAACGGUUUCUCCUGCAAUUUCAGUCCUGAGCGGGAAAAUGUGGCAGACCACAGCAUGGUGGUGUACCGCCGCUUUUUUGACCUGGAUCGUACGUGCAUCAAAUAAGUGGAUUGUGCAGGAGCAACAAAGCAUAUCUGAGCUCGAAAGAAUGAAGUAUAUAUCUGCUGGGGCGUAGAUAACGCAACCUCGAUGUGCCUGUGCACCAUGUUUCUAGACGUCGUUGAUCGAUAUCGAUCAUCCGAGGUUCUAUUACAUGAGCUGGACUAUCUAGUAAGAUACUAUAUGACCUGUAGUCGGUACAAUAUUACUUGGGGCUAGUUUGACGAUGUAAUAUGCUUUGCUGCAACUGCAGCCCUUGACGUUACCUCAAUGACCUCGAGCUGAUUCGAUCCAUGAUA